AAGUUUUGCUGCUGUGUCUGCGGUGCUGUUCUUUUGAGUUCCCGCAAGGCAGCGAAGAUGAAGAUCGGAUUGUGCUCGUUCAGCGGGUAUAAAAUUUACCCUGGCCAUGGGAAGCGGAUGGUCAAGACCGAUGGCAAAACGUUUCACUUCCUGAACGCCAAAUGCGAGGCGUCGCACAUGAUGAAGCGGAACCCGCGUAAGGUGACGUGGACGGUGCUCUACCGACGCAAGCACAAGAAGGGUAUUGAGGAGGAGACGACGAAGAGGCGCACCAAGCGCACGGCGAAGUUCCAACGUGCCAUCGUCGGCGCCAGCCUUAAUGACAUCAUGGCUCGGCGGAACAUGAAGCCCGAAGUACGCAAGGCGCAGCGUGAGCAGGCUAUCCGGGCGGCCAAGGAAAAGCAGAGGGCACAGAAAGCACAAAAGAAGUCUGCUGCUACACCUCUCCAGAAGGCCGCCCAGAAGCAGAAAGCUACCAAGCCUGUGCAGAUGAAGGCACCCAGAGUUGGAGGCAAGCGCUGAACAGGGAUUGGCAUGUAUUAAAGAAAACUUGUCUAUAGAACAACUGA